AUGCUGCUCCUCGGGCUGCUGCUGCUGACCUUGCUGGCUGGUGCCCGCCUGUUGUGGGGCCAGUGGAAGCUCAGGAGCCUCCACCUCCCACCUCUUGUUCCUGGCUUCCUGCACCUGCGGCAGCCCAACCUCCCCAUCUAUCUGCUUGGCCUGGCUCAGAAACUUGGGCCCAUCUACAGGCUCCGCCUUGGACUGCAAGAUGUGGUGGUGCUGAACUCUAAGAGGACAAUUGAGGAGGCCAUGAUCAGGAAGUGGGUGGACUUUGCUGGCAGACCCCAGUCACCAUCCUACAAGCUGGUGUCCCGGCACAACCAGGACCUCUCGCUUGGGGAUUACUCCCUGCUCUGGAAGGCCCACAAGAGACUCACCCGCUCCGCCUUGCUACUGGGCAUGCGUGGCUCCAUGGAGCCCCUGGUGGAGCAGCUGGCCCAGGAGUUCUGUGAGCGCAUGAGAGCCCAGGCCGGUGCCCCUGUGGCCAUCCAGAAGGAAUUCUCCUUCCUCACCUGCAGCAUCAUCUGCUACCUCACCUUUGGAGACAAGGUCAAGGAGGAUACCUUAGUACAUGCCUUUCACGAUUGUGUCCAGGACUUGAUGAAAACCUGGGACCACUGGUCCAUCCAAAUUUUGCACAUCAUUCCUUUUCUCAGGUUCUUCCCCAACCCAGGCCUCUGGAGGCUGAAGCAGGCCGUGGAGAACAGAGACCACAUUGUAGAGAAGCAGCUGAGGCAGCACAAGGACAGCAUGGUGGCAGGCCAGUGGAGGGACAUGAUGGACUACAUGCUCCAGGGCUUGGGGAAGCCGAGAGAGGAAGAGGGCCCUGGACAUCUCCUUGAAGGACAUGUGCACAUGUCUGUGGUGGACCUUUUUAUCGGUGGCACUGAGACUACUUCAACCACCCUCUCCUGGGCUGUGGUGUUCUUGCUUCACCACCCUGAGUUUCAGCAGCGACUACAAGAGGAGUUGGAUCGUGAGCUGGGCCCCAGAGCCCGGGGCUCCCGAGUCCCAUACAAGGACCGCUCACGGCUGCCCUUGCUCAACGCCACCAUUGCGGAGGUGCUGCGCCUGCGGCCAGUCGUGCCCUUGGCCCUGCCGCACCGCACCACUCGGCCUAGCAGCAUCUUCGGCUAUGACAUCCCCGAGGGCACUGUCGUCAUCCCGAACCUCCAAGGUGCCCACCUGGACGAGACAGUCUGGGAGCGGCCACACGAGUUCUGGCCUGAUCGCUUUCUGGCCCCUGGCGCAAGCCCCAGUGCACUGGCCUUUGGCUGCGGGGCACGUGUGUGCCUGGGCGAGCCGCUGGCACGCCUGGAGCUCUUCGUGGUGCUGGCGCGUCUGCUGCAGGCCUUCACGCUGCUGCCGCCAGUGGGCGCCCUGCCCUCCCUGCAGCCCCACCCCCACUGCGGUGUCAACCUCACUGUGCCGCCUUUCCAGGUGCGGCUGCAGCCCCGGGGGGCAGCGCCCCCAGGCUUGGGCGAGUGCCAGUGA